AUGACCAGAGAAGAGCUGACUGAACUGGAGUGCCACGCCUGCCCCGGCGAGGGUUCCUGCGCCGGCCUGUUCACCGCCAAUACCAUGUCCACCGCCAUCGAAGUGAUGGGCAUGUCUCUACCUGGCGAUGCCUCGCUCACGGCUGUUGAUCCCCGCAAGACGGACGAAGCCCGCCGGGCUGGUGAAACCGUAAUGCGUAUGCUGGAGGAAGGAAUCCGCCCGCGAGACAUUCUCACCAGGGAGGCCUUUGAAAACGCCAUCACCGUGGUGGUUGCCAUGGGAGGCUCCACCAACGCCGUGUUGCACCUCAUGGCCAUCGCGCGGGAGGCCGAAGUCAGCCUGUCGCUGGAAGAUUUCGACCGCAUUAGCCGCAACACUCCGUACAUCGCCGACAUGAAACCAGGCGGCCGCUACGUCAUGGCAGACCUCAGUCGUUACGGCGGGGUGGCCCUGAUCGGAAAGCGCCUGCUCGAUGCUGGCCUGCUCCACGGCGACGCAAUGACCGUAAAUGGAAAGACCCUGGCCGAAAAUAUCAACGAUACGCCCAUCAUCGAGGACCAGCCGGUCAUCUACCACCCCGACCAACCUCGCAGUCCCACCGGCGGAUUGGCGAUCCUGCGUGGCAAUCUGGCUCCCGACGGCGCUGUCAUCAAGGUCGCCGGCCAUCAGGAACGCGUAUACGAAGGACCCGCCCGGGUGUUCGAGCAGGAGGAACUCGCGUUCCAGGCUAUACAGCGCGGCGAAAUCAAAGAAGGCGACAUUGUCGUCAUCCGCUACGAGGGGCCAAAAGGCGGCCCUGGUAUGCGGGAAAUGCUUGCCGUUACCGGCGCCCUCAUCGGUCAGGGUCUCGGUGACAGCGUCGCCCUGGUAACCGAUGGAAGGUUUUCCGGCGCUUCCCACGGGCCGAUGGUGGGCCACGUUGCCCCCGAAGCAAUGGUGGGCGGACCCAUCGGGUUGCUCCAAGAGGGCGACAUAAUCACCCUCGACAUUCCCGGCCGUCGCCUCGAUGCCAAACUCAGUGAGGAAGAAUUCUCGGACCGUCGCGCCGCCUGGCGGCCGAUCGAACCGAAAUACACCACCGGCGUCCUGGCCAAGUACGCCAAGCUGGUCUCCUCCGCCUCCGAAGGCGCGGUAACCGGUUAG